AGCAACGAAUAUCUUCCAGCCUGAUGACCAUCCAAUGCAUAUUCAUGGUUAUGAUUUUUAUGUUGUGGGAGAGGGAUUUGGUAACUACAAUGCUCGAAUAGAUCCUCUCACAUUCAAUUUGGUUGAUCCACCAGAACGGAAUACUGUGGGAGUUCCUGUUGGUGGGUGGACUGCUAUCAGAUUCAAAGCUGACAAUCCAGGUGUUUGGUUUGUGCACUGUCAUUUUGAUGAUCAUCUAACAUGGGGAUUGAAUAUGGUCUUCGUGGUGAAGAAUGGCCAUGGCAAUUUGGCAAGUUUGGAGAAGCCUCCUCCUAAACUCCCGAAAUGCUAGCUCCACAAACCAUGUCAUCUCAAUCAGUCAAUAGUAGUCUUUAAUUUCACCACCUUGUUAUAAGUAUUUUGCCAUGAGGCAAUAUUAUUGUAAUAACUAUUAUUUAACUAGUUAUUAAUAAUUGUAUUGGAUAACAAAUUAGAAAUUAGUAGUUUUUCUAUUGAAAAAUAUUAUUUUUUUAAAGUAAA